AUGGCGUCCAGAGUUGGGGUGUGCUAUGGAAUGGUGGCCGACAAUCUUCCGCGUCCACAAGAGGCAUUGAAGUUAUUGUGGGAGUGGGCAACGAUGAGCUUCGACUUCCUGGCAGAAAACGAGUCUCCUUUCAUGGCAAAUGUGUAUCCAUACUUCAGCUACCUGGACAACAAAGCCCAGAUAUCAUCAGAUUACGCGUUGUUUAGGUCGUCCACUGCUGUGGUGAACGACGGAGGUCUUCUGUAUAAAAAUCUGUUCGACGCAAUGAUCGAUUCGUUGAUUGCAGCCGUGGAGAGAAUGGGAUAUCUGAAUAUAGAGAUAAUGGUGACUGAGAGCGGGUGGCCCUUGGAGUCGGGGGGGAUUGAAGAAGCCGCUAACAUGGAGAAUGCAAGGAUUUACAAUAACAAUCUAAUUAGGCAUGUGUUGUCCGAGGAAGGAACACCCAGGAGACCAGAAAGGCUAAUCGAUGCAUACAUUUUUGGCCUUUUCAAUGAGAACUUGAAGUUCGGCCAAAAGACGGAACGCCAUUUUGGACUCUUCCAUCCUGAUAAAAGCCCUGUUUACCAUGUCGAUUUCUCCUUUGGAUGA